CAUUAGAACAGUUAAAAAAGAAUAUUGAAGCUUCUAAAGACACAACUAUAAAAGCAAGAAAGCAAUAUGGCUUAAUUCCUGUACCAACUUCAGAUGAAUGCAUUGUGGAUAAGACUAAAUUGGAUGAAAAAUAUGUAAUUAAAAGCAAGGAAUAUUUAGUGAAUAGGUUGAAAAUAUACGAAGACGUUAUUGAUGAAAAAUGGCAAGAUCUUAAUAAUAAUGGAUUAUCCGGAGAAUGUGUUAAAAUUAAAGAUAGGAAAGAUACAGAAAGGGUUGUGCUUUUCAUGUAUGGUGGAGGAUAUUUUAUGGGAUCAUCUAAAAUAUGUCACAAUAUAACUUAUGAAAUUGCCGAAUGUUCAGUUUUUGCAAUUAAUUAUCGUCUUGCUCCUGAAAAUCAAUUUUCUGUUGCAUUUUGUGAUGCUUUAGCAGCUAGGGGUGUUAAACGACUCGGAUUUUCUGACCCCGAGUCAACUUUUAGUCAG